AUGGUGGAUCUUGAGUCUUUGCUGGAGUACAAUGAAAUUGUUAGGAAGAUGUUUGCAAACGUAAAUGAAGGAUUUCAGUUUUAUAACACAUACGCACUUGGUAAAGGAUUUAGUGUGAGGAAAAGCUAUGUUGAGUGGAACAGUGAGCACACUGAGCUAACCCUUCGGAGGUAUGUUUGCAGUCGUCAAGGUUACCAUGAAGAGAAGUAUGUGAAGAAGGAGAUUAAGAAGUGGAGGCCACGGGAUAUAACUCGUGUUGGAUGCCCUGCAAAAUUGGUAAUUGCACUGGACCGAAACAUCGGGCAGUGGUACGUGAAGAAUUUCAUCGAUGAGCACAACCAUCCGCUGGCUCCAGCCGACCUUGGAUGCCUGCUGCGUUCACAUCGAAAAAUCAACGAUGCGCAGAAAGCUGAAAUUGUGGAGCUGGGGGUUGCUGGGAUCCGCAAACACCAGAUUUUUGAAAUUAUGGAAAUGUAUAAGCAGGAGAUAAUUGCUGAUGCAUUUGGUGAUGUCGUUGUAUUUGAUAGCACCUACAAAAUAAAUCGGUACAACCUGCCCAUUGUGCCUUUCGUUGGGGUGAAUCACCAUUACCGCACAGUUCUUUUCAGAUGUGGAAUUAUUUCUCAUGAGAAUACUGAGUCAUAUAUGUGGCUGCUGAAAAUAUUUACCGAAGCUAAUGCUCAGAAGCAUCCUGUUUCCGUGAUCACUGAUGGAGACCUUGCUAUGCAGAGAGCAAUCAGUGUGGUGUGGCCGAACUCACCGCAUAGGCUAUGCGGAUGGCAUAUUGAGUUGAACAUAGUGCGCAAUGUUCACAAUGAUACACUGAAGGGUGCAUUCAGGGUUUUUUUUUUGUAUGACCUUUGCUCCAUAGAAGAGAUUGAGAGGAAAUGGCAGGUGUUCCUGGCUGACAAUAAGGUCAAAGAGGACUCGUGGAUUUAUCAGAUGUAUGAGGAAACAAAGCUCCCUGAAGAUGUGCUAGAUUAA